AUGCGUUCCGUGAUGAACGGAAUUGAUGACGGUCUUGUAAUGAAAGGACUUAGAUUAGUUAUACCGACAUCAUUACGAGCCAAAUACAUAGCUCUACUACAUGGAGGACAUCCGGGAGUUGAAGCAACUAAGCGCAGAGCCCGAGAUAUUGUCUUUUGGCCAUGCAUGUCUGACGACAUUGAUAAGGCAUUGUCUUCCUGUGCUGUGUGUAAUAGCUUGAGAACACACCAACAGAAAUCCUAUCCUGUACCAGAUCUACCAUGGUCAACAGUAGCAACAGAUAUAUUUCAAUGGAAUGGUCUACAUUACCUUGUGCUUGUGGACUCAUACUCGGGAUGGUUUGAAAUGGACACGCUAC